CGUCAUGCAGUUCUACAAAGAUGGCGGUUGAAACAUAACUUCGAUGUCACUGCUGAUAACCAGCCGUUUCUUGCUCUUAUGAGUUUAUGAAUGAGUGAAUAUUGUUGUUAAAGUUUAUUCUACACGAUGCCGAAGUAUUAUGAGGACAAAGAGGAAGAUACCAGAGCCUGUGCCGGUAUCAGAGAGGACUUUAAAGCCUGUCUCCUUCAACACGACUGCGUAGUAAAGGAGGGGAAGAUGCCCAGUGAGUGUUUGAAGGAAGGCCACUGCAAAGCCCUGCAGACAUCCUUCUUUGAGUGCAAGAGGUCAAUGCUGGACACAAGGUCAAGAUUCAGAGGAAGGAAAGGAUAUUGAGGAUCCCAUCUGAACGCGGAUGUUGCCGUGUGGUUGAGUGAAUACUGGAUGAGCAACUGCAAAUACUCACCGGUCAGUGUAUGAGCAGCUUCACAACCUUUCUUAAGGACAUGUGUCAAGAAAGUGUGUAAGAAGAACACACACUGACGCACAAAAGGAUUACCAACUCAUCAGCAAAAUGUAACACUGAAAAAAACGAGCUGUCACUGGCUGGAGCUUUUUCUAAAUUAAUGACUGUGUGUGCUGUGCUAUGAAAAACUAAUAACGAAUAAAAUGUAAAGAGUUUUUUUUUUUUAAUUUAAUAAAGGAACUGUCUGAAA